ACCGUGGGUGGCUUAAACUACGUGUACGUGUUCCGUGUGCUGCUGUAUGUGAGUGGGCACGACAAAGUGUAGUGACAAAGACCGAGGACAAUCAUCAGGAGCAGCAGCAAGAAUGCCCGGCGGAGUGGUGUUCCUAGUCUGUGUGCCGACGGCGAAUUAUGAACGAGCACUAAUUAAUGGACUCGAUUACGAUAACAGUGAGGUGUUGCCACCCUCGCAAGCACCCCCACAGUCUCCACCACCCCCUUACCACCAGCACCAAAAGUUGAACAUCAAUGUACCGGAACCAGGUACGACCCCCCUGGGAUCUAGCGAGGAAACCAAUGCCAACGCCAUUCUGCGGCUGGAGGUGGAACUUCGAGACAAGCAUGCCGCCGCCAAUCGACGUCCGGCAAGGCCAAGGCCACCACCACCACCCCCUCGCAAGGACGUGGGAUUUGUACCGAUGGAGAAGGUCCUCGACGAGCUGCUGAAAAAGCUCGAAAUCGAGCACGUGCUCUGGCAGCUGGACCGGGCUGGCCACUACCACCAGGUGCUCUUUCCGCUGGCCUCUGGCGAUCCCUGCGAGACGACCCUGCACUGUCUGACCGAGCUGGGCAUCGGGAAGCGCGCCAACUCGACCGUCAGUGUUUUGCCGUGCAGUGUCAGUUAUGAUGGGUCGGUGGAAAUCCUUGAAGAUGAGUACAACGACGACUACGGUGCGGGAGCCGCCGACGAGCCCAACUCCAAGUGGAACAACUUUGUCGACUCGAUCCGGUCGAAGCUGACGGUGAAACAGGUGGUCGACGGAGUCCGCGCCGGCGGUUCGCUCUCAUUCGACUAUCUGCUGCUGAUCGUCACGGCCGACUCGCUGGCCGCGCUCGGCCUGGUGGAAAACAACGCCCCGAACAUUGUGGCCGCUAUGCUGGUUUCGCCGCUGAUGGGACCGGUCAUGUCGAUUACCUUCGGUGCGAUUAUUGCCGACCGGGAGCUGGUGAAGGUCGGUUUCAUCUCGCUGGCGCUGGGAAUGUUCAUCUCGAUCCUGUUUGGAUUCAUCUUUGGGCUGAUUCUGGGCACCACCGAGAUGCCCUGGGGCCUCGGAGACUUUCCCACCGAGGAGAUGAAGGGACGGUAAGUUUCUGGCCUUGCGCCCGAAUUUGGUUUGGACCGCUCGCUGUGGAUGGGCAUCCUGUAGGCGCUGACGUCGGGCAGCGUCGCGGUGGCCCUGCUCCAAGGAUCGGCCGGCUUAAUCGGUGUGGCCAUUUCCGCCUCGCUGCUGCCGCCGGUGGUCAAUUGUGGACUUUUCUGGGCGCUGGCCUGCAUCUGGCUGAUCUACGAGGACAUUAAGAUGCCCCACCUCAAGGGAGAACCGUUCGUCGGCAACUCCAGCUACCAGUUUCUGUACACCAAUUACAUCCCAACGGAGUUCUUAAUUAAUGGUAUCGUUUCCGGCCUCCUCACAGUCAUCAACGUCAUCUGCAUCUUCGCCACAGCUAUCAUCGUACUCAAGAUCAAGGAAGUUGCGGCACCGUACACGUCGAGUCCGGAUCUGCGAAGAUUCUGGGAAACGGACAUCCGAACGGCUCGGACGGCCAACCGGACCACCAUCCGGAGGAGGCAAGCUGGCGGCGGUGGCAGCGGAGGCCAAGCAGGUGCCGAGGCGGACCUCAUGUCCACGUACGCGGAGCUGGAAAACGACCCGAAGGCACGCAACCUGGAGACGGCCCUGGAGCAAGCGCUGAAGGAGGCCGUCGACGACGACACCUACCGGACGGUGAAGCGGAUGAGCUACUCGAGCAACGCUGCCAGUGAGAUUGCCGAGCGUCUGUUCGGAAUCACCGGCGCCGGUGUUGGAGCGUCCAGUUCCGGCUCCGGCCAACCCACGGCCUCGUCCAUCCGCAACUCGAAGAACACCGCCGACCUGAAGCUGCUGGAAAAGCUCGUGACGUCGCUGAUCGAGGCGCAGAGUUCCGGCUCGUCUUCCGGCGGUGCGUCCGGAACGUCCAAGAUGCAACGGCUGCGGCCACUUUCGCGGUCGUUCCGGCUGCCGGGAUCGCUGAAGCGGAAGGAGGGAGGAGGAGGACAGAGUGGAACUAUGCCGACAAUUAGGGAGUCGGGUGGAAGUGGCGGGGGUGGUCACAGGACUAACUCCUGGAGUGACCCCAACAGCAACGUGCGUCGAGUGCUGAGUUCGAUUGCGAAUGCACCUCACCGGUUCAGUCAGUCGCUCGGGACCGGUGAUGGGCGGAACGAUGAGGAGAGGAGCAAUCUGACGCAGAAUAUUUUGUGAAGUUUUAUUGUUUAUUU